AUCUUCGGGUAGAAAGCCGACACGCAAUAACGCAGCGCGCGUGCCAUCCAGAUGCCUGUGGUGGUCUAGAGCUUCUUUGCUCGCGCACGAACCUCAGCGUCGUUAGCGGAGCGUACAGGCGAUCUUCUAUUGCAGCCCGUGCCGCAGACAAAGACGCUCGGGUGGCGGCAGGUAUUCCGUUCCAGGAUCAACGAAAGAAACGCGAGGUCGACCUUAAGCGUUCGACAAAGUAUGCGAGUAUCGCGG